CACGUCGAGCGGCGCAGUCGCCAGCCGCGCCAGCCAGGUGAGGCUAACGACGACCACGACGACGACGACGACGACGUGUUCGCAUCGUUACGCUCGGCCGGGGGGACGCACGGUCAGUGUGCUGCAGAGAACCUUGCGACUUUCGACGGCGCUCCGUCCGUCCGAGCGAUCGAUCGACCGAGGGGCGAGAAAAAGAGAGACGGCUACGGUUGCGCGCGGGAUCGAUCCUGUUUACCGGUAUUUUUCCUAUUUUCGGUUACUUCAGGUGUGCCGCCGCCGCCGCCGCCGUCGCCGUCGCCGUCAUCGACGCCGUCCAAUUCAUAACCUCAAACCGUCGUCGCCGCGAGGGAGUAUGUCGUGCGUGGCGGGUAAUCAGUGAACGAUCAGUGAUAAGGACGCCCCGACCCCCGGUCGUCGGUCGUCGGGACGUCGCGCGAGUGCGCGUCCAACGGGAAGCAGCAACGACAGCGGGGAGAACACGGGAGUCGCGCCAGGUGUGCUCCCACGGGAACAACGAUGACGGGAACGACGAGGACUGGAGGAGGAGGAGGAGGAGGUGGUGGUGGUGCAGGUAAUAGCAAUUCGCAAAACAUUCUGGUCACCUUGUACGUGGCGACUGCUGGUCUCCAAGGGAACGCGCUCGGCUCCGACGAGGAGGAGAUUACGCUGCUCGUCUACGUGCUCAUCGACAAGCUGCAGAAUAAGGUGCUGGGCAGGCAGCAGUACAUCGUGCGACCGAUGGUAAUGGACGAGAGUUGUACGCCCGGGACGGGCAGCGACAACCCAGCGGUUGCCGGAAGUAGCGGGAUCAUUAACGAGGCCGCGCUGGCACACGCGCCAGCCUUGACCGAAAGGAAUCUUCGGGAGUACGGAAUUUCUCUGCAGCAAGCUAUCGAAAAGUUUGAGGCCUGGUGGAACUCUAUGUCUGGCGUAACUUCCGGUAUUAAGCCGCGAUUUGUCGUGGAUGGUCAGGCGCCGAUGAGGCAAUGCCUGCAUCCGGAGGCUUGCAAUAAAGACAUCGAGCUGCCGGAACAUUACAACUAUUUCUACGAUCUCCGAAAGGAUUUCGUAGAGUACUACUCGACUCAUGGCGAGUUAUCGACCCUCGGAGUACAAGAAAUGCUGCAAUAUUAUGGAAUGCCGCCAGAUACCGACAAUGAUUUUCAUGUCAAAGAGAUACAGGACAUGGUCAACGUGAUACAGAGGAUGAUCAAGGACGGUCAUGAUUUUAUAAAUCCAGAAGUGGUUAACAUCGUUCUGGAACCUGGCAUAUGCUCCAAGGACGAGGAAGUGGACAAUGAUUGUGUAGUGAGAGCACGCGGUCUUCCUUGGCAAUCCUCGGAUCAGGACAUUGCCAAAUUUUUUCGUGGGCUAAAUGUUGCCAAGGGUGGUGUAGCUCUUUGUUUAAGUCCUAUGGGAAGGCGUAACGGCGAGGCAUUGGUACGGUUUAUUAAUAAAGAACACAGAGACAUGGCGCUGAAGCGGCAUAAACAUCACAUGGGUACACGAUACAUAGAGGUUUACAAGGCCUCCGGAGAGGACUUUGUUGGCGUUGCUGGUGGUACGAGCGGGGAGGCGCACGCUUUUCUGUCACGCGGGGCUCAAGUCAUCGUUAGAAUGAGGGGCUUGCCGUAUGAUUGUGUUGCUAAACAAGUGCUGGAAUUUUUUCAAUCCGGACAAAAACCAUGUCAAGUGUUGGACGGCGAGGAUGGUGUGCUGUUUGUAAAGAAACCGGAUGGCAGAGCGACAGGUGACGCCUUUGUAUUAUUCGCGAAGGAAGAGGACGCGGUGAAAGCCUUGAGCAAACACCGAGACUGUAUUGGCAGCCGUUAUAUAGAACUUUUUAGAAGUACGACCGCAGAAGUGCAACAGGUAUUGAAUAGGGCGACAGAUCCGAAACAAAUGAUAUUACCACCGCCGCCGAUCGCCCAACUUCCACCAUUACUCCCUCAGCAUAUCAUUACGUCUGGCACGCGCAAAGAUUGCGUUAGACUUCGCGGUUUGCCAUACGAGGCGCUCGUCGAACAUAUUCUGGAGUUUAUGGGCGAACAUUCUAAAAAUAUUGUCUACCAAGGUGUUCAUAUGGUUUACAAUGCUCAGGGCCAACCAUCUGGCGAGGCAUUUAUUCAAAUGGACAGCGAGGCAUCGGCUUACGCGUGUGCGUCACAGCGGCACCACCGGUACAUGAUCUACGGCAAGAAGCAGCGAUACAUCGAAGUGUUUCAGUGCAGCGGCGACGACAUGAAUCUGGUAUUGACAGGUGCGGUAACACCGCCGUCGACCAAGGCGCUACUAUCACCCGGUACGUUGACCACACAGUCCUCCGCGACCUUGACACAUCCGUCUACGGCAGCACCGGUGGCGGUGCCGGUACCGAGCGCGCAGCCACCGCCGCCACCACCACCCCUGUGGGACAUUCACGCUCUGGUACAGGCUCAAGCCGCUCAGGCCGUUCACGCGCAGGCUCAGGUGGCGCAAGCGCAAGCCGCCCAGGCGCAGGCUAUGCGGAAUCAGGAUCUAUGGUUGAUGGCUUUGGCAUCGAAUCAGUCUCCUACCUCGACUACCCCAACUUCGGCGGUCGCUGCCGCCGCCGCCGCCGCCGCUGCUGCCACGAGCAAAUCUUUAGCUCUACCAGGUCCAAAUUCGAUGGUCCAGGCGGCUCAGAUACCCUACGCGGUAGCACCACCGACAGCCGCAGCAGCCGCCGUCGCGGCUGCCGCGGCUCUUCACGCACCACCGACCUCUUCGGCAGCGGCGGCAGCGGCUGCGGCGGCGGCAGCCUCUACGCCCUUUUUAUUCUUCAACGUUCCUCAUCAUCCCCGUAUUCCUAUCCUGCGGGCACCAGGGCCACAUGGGCUGUUAACGCCCAUCAUGCCCACCGCGCACACCUUGAACCCGGCCGCGAUAAUGGGCUUGAAGCGUACGUGGGACGCCGCCUUCCCCGCCGACGCGACGGCGGGUGUCGCUGCGAAACGUGCUUGGCACACCCCGGCAGCGGCGUUUCACGCGUCGGCCCCGACCGCGGCCCCAGGCUUGCCUUAUCCAGCUCAAUUUUAUCCCCAGAUUUGAUUCCCGGUGUCACCGCGUCGAUCUCUAGCUUUUUUUUUAUAGACUUUCUCGAGUCUUCGGGUUCUCGGUACCUCGGGUCUGAGGAGAACGGAAACGAUUGCUUCGGUUUCUUCAUUAGACGAGCAAGGAUUUGUUAUUCGCGCGCAAAUACGCAUAUUACGUGGCAAUUGCCGUGGUGUGUUACGACAAUACGACUUACUUUUGACGGAUUUUAUAUGUACAUUAUUAGCGAGUAAGCGUUGUAACUAUUCGCGAUAUCUACGACAUUCCGUUUCGUAUUCCGUGCAAGCCUGGCAGAACGUCAUUUACAACGUUUGUCCAGCUGAUUAAGUGUACCUAACGUUUGGAAAUGCUUGGUACAAAUUCUGGCGUUACUUACACGACGGUACUUAACUCGCAAGACAGAUUAUUUUUCUUAUCCUAAUGCAUUUAGGCAGCAAAGCUAAUUUCGGUAAGCAUGUUAAUUGUACUGAUAAUGGUAUAUAAAAUUCCAUUUGGCGUGCGCAUACGUUCUUUCGUAAUCGCGUGUUCACGAAGUACCUAUGGAAGAUCACGUAUAAAAAAUGCUCUUCCACGUAAGCGUAAUCAAGUGCCUUAUCUAAUGUGAGCACCAAGUACUUUGCCUAGCUCUCGGAAUUCUAUAACUCAUAUAUGCGCCUCUUUUUAUAUACAUAUAUAUAUACAGAGCGUUUCAGAAUUAUCUGAAUUAUCAGUAGUAAUACAGAGAUCAUUUCUGGGUUUUACCGGCGAACCAAAAAUUCGGGACGUCAAAAUUAAUAUUCUCUAGGCAUUUUUUCUAUCAUGUGUUUUUUUUAUCAGUAUAUCAAAUGUUAAAAUUUAUGAUUUCUUCUCUUAUGAGAAUAAUCAUUGUAAAGUUUUGUUAAUGUAAUAUAUGAUGACAUAAUAUAUCGCUCAUACUAUUUUGUAUUUUAAUGUUGAUAUCUAAGUAAUUUUUGAUACUUUUUUGUCUGAUAUUUUACUAGUAUCUGUGGAAAAGUGCCUAAUGAAAAAUGCUUUCUGUCUCGAAAGAAGUCUGCAAUCUGGAUGGAUGAUAUAGUAGAAAAUAUCGAUAUUUUUACUGUAUCAUCCACCUGAUUUGACGGUGCUCCUUUCGCGUCUAGUGAGGAUUGACGGUACAGUACAAGAAAUAUUGAUAUUCUUUACUGCAUCGUCCAUCCUUAAUCUACAAGUCGGUAUUACCAGAAAUAUCAAUUUAUAUCAUAUGUAUACAUAUGCAUGUAUGUGUAUACACACACACACACACACACACACACACACACACACACACACACAUAUAUAUAAUACCUAGGCUGAAUAAAGCUUAUUUUUUAAUUUAUUUUAUUUUUUAAAAACUAUGAAAAUAGUUUUUAAAAAAUAAAAUUAAUAGAGUGGGCCUUAUUCCGUUCAAAUAAUUUAUAUAUAAAAGAAUGAUUUAUCUAUUUUGCUAGAAAUACUUUAUUAGCACUAAGUGUAAGUAAAAUGGACAUUCCAUCCAAUGUUAUAUAUUCUAAAGUUCUAAUUUGAACGUAUUUAGUAGAUUCUUUUAUACGUGGCAUCUAUUAUACGCAUGUAUGUUACAAUCUAUGUGUAAAUAAAAUUUCGUGACUAAUUAUUUGCGAACGAAUCACAGUUCGCUUUUAUUCGACUUAAUCGAUUUGCGGAUCUAUCUUUCUCGUCUAUCUCUCUUUCAAAGAUUGUAACAUACAAGCUUUGAUUUAAAAUAUAAAAUUAAUAUAUGUGAAUCAGUCCCUAUAACAAAGCACAUAAGAUUCGUUUUGCUCUAUUAUUUUAUACUUGGGGAAAAUCGCGCCCACACACACACACACACACACACACACACGUGCGCGCGCGCGCGUACACUUUCGUACACAUAGCGUUCACUGCAUUUAGUAUAAUAUCGUCAAUAAUCACGCCCACACAUAUACACGGAUGUGAUCCAUCACUAAUUCCAUCGUGUGUGACAGAUAAUAUCUUAGUAUACCGAGUAUGUGCAUUAAUAAGGGUCACUGCAUCAGCCAAUGAACAAAUAAAAGCAACUUAAUAUAAUUCUAUUUUCCAGAAAAGAAUAAUAAGAUGACUUUAAUCAAAUCUGUAUGAAAAUUGGAUUAAAAAAAUAUGAAUUAAUUUAUUAUUUUUAAGUCUUUCACAGUCGUUUACUAAUUGUUGCGAUUGUUCAAUGAUUGGUACAAUAACUCUAAUCAAAUUUUGGUUUUGGAGAGUAUCCGAUAACGGGGAACGAAGAAAGCGGUAUUAAAACCACGCCGCCUCUGUAUACGCUCUCGCGGCUUGUGAUUUAACUGUGGUGUCGGCGGUAUUUACUCUUUCAAAGCUGGCUUACGGCCUAAUACCUUUUUGUGAUAGUGUAGUUGGUGAGAUCGCACACACACUGAGACGGAUAUAGAUAGAUUGGUGUAUCCAGGGAAUCGAGCAUCGGUUUCACCGAGAGGACACGGCUCUUAUAUUCUCGUAAGGGACCGGAUACCUCACGCACUGCCACGCCAAAGUGUUCUUAACUGGAAAAAUUCGAUUAAACUUUUGGGGGAAAACGUUUUUACUGCUUUUUGUUUUCUUUUAAGAUAGUAUCAUUUCUAUGAUAUGUAUGUCUAUGUUAAUAGUUAAAAAUUUUCUUUUACAUUUGAGAGCUCUAAUUUAGCAAAUCAUCGAUAAAGUCCACUAUUAUUAUCACAGUCGUUUUUCUUCGUAUUUUUUGGAAAGAAGAGCGAAACCUGGUUUUUUUCUGAAAAAUUAAGAACACGCCAAUAACGGGCUUCCACAGUUUCCACGAUGCGCUCUUCGCAAGGAAAGGUAAAACGGUUCUCUCGGCGAAGCCGAUCUCGAGUCUGUCACGCGGAUCGCGAAGUGUUGUUUAUGGUAAUUUCACUUCUUCCUCUUGCCACGGUUUUUUUUAUAUAUUAUGUGUUAUUAGAAUAGUGUGGGACAUUAUAUAUAUAUAUAUAUAUAUAUAUAUAUAUAUAUAUAUAUAUAUAUAUUUAAAAUAUAGACACAAACACGAGACGGUCGUAAUUACUGCUUCGCGGUCUGAUGUCCGCGGGUAUGCGAAGCGAUGGUUGCAUGUCGUGUGGUCUCGUUGGAGAGAUAUAAACUUUCCUCCGGUCGCGUACCUAUGUCCCGCGAGCGAUUGCAUAACGGAUCCGAUCUUUUUUCUUUCUUUUUUUUCUUUUUUUCCCCUCUUCGUUCACGGUUACAUAUACAUAUACAUGUUUCAUUGAAUAUAGCCAGUAACUGUCUCUCCCUGUUGCGUUUCAUCCAACAAAAAAAACUGCCUCUCACGCUCCUUUCUCCUACGAGGAGCCACCUUGUAACAAGUUUUCCGUUUAUCUUCCUUUUUCAGCGCGUGAUCCUAUAAUUAUCCCAAGCAAUCACUUUCCGAGAUCGCGAUCUAGUAGCACUGUACAGAAUGAUAGCAAGUGUCUCGAUACAAUCUUGAUUCUAUCCUUGUCACAGUAACUGCAGUAAUUGAACAAUCUCGAUCCGGUUCUCGAUACUAAUAACGUAACUGUUUGAGAAGAUAAUUUACUUGAAAAUAAUUGAGGGCCGUUCGAAAAAAAGGAAAGGAAAGAAAGAAUGAACGACGAGCACAGUUGCACGGUAAAUGAUCGUUUAUUUAAUCUUGGGACGCUGAAGGGCAAAGUAAAAAAAAAGGGCGAUACGUUAACUACGAUUUUACAACGGGCCAAGACGAGUCGAGAGACGUCGAGAGAGCAUCGAGUCGUCAGAAAACAUAAAAGUGUCGAAUGGCAACGCAAUUAUCCGAAUCAGCGUCCUGGGAUUAAGGAACCGGGUGCAUUUCGAGCUCUGACAUUUUUAAAACAUCAGGACUGUAUCUUCUGAUCUCGCGGUUAUGUAACAUUAAUCGAUAUUAUACGGAUAGCGAAACACGGUGAGACGAUGCGAAACGGACCGACCGCUCUUUGCCAUCGAUCGUUGAUCGCGCGGACGUAUUACUGGAUUAUUGCGUGCCGGAGGAAUCGAUGCAAAGAAAUGACGAGGACGCGGUGCGUCAACCGAUCGCCUUUCGCAUCGUUUCCGUAGGGGUGCAUCUCGAAAUAUUUUAGCACAAGUGUAUGUCGAGAGCGUGAAGAUGUCCAGCGUAACGCGAAUUUCAAAAAGAAUCCGUCAUCUUUACACAGAAAAUUUUCUCUUAAAAUUUUUUGAAAAUCAACAUUAUCGUGAGACGAUAUGGACAUGGAAGGAUUUUACUAUAAUUUUAGUAAAGUGUGUUGAAAGUUCACUAAAAUAUAGUAAAUUCUUUGAUUACUUGAUUUUAAGGAUAAAUUUUAAGAGAAAAUUCUAUCCGCGCGUCAUUUCUUCAUAUUUGCCGAAGAUGAUUUCUUUGUCUUCCUCAAGAUUUUUUUUUCUUCUCCCUGAAGACGAAGGACACACGCACGCGAUGUACACGUGUUUAUUCAUAUGUGCACCCCCUCCACACACACACACACACACACACACACACACACACACACACAACACGCGGUAUAAUCUCUCUUUUUUUAUUUCCUGUAUACAACUCUUUGUAUAUCGAUGAUUUUAUAUCAACGGUGAGAACGAUCAUGUUUAAUAAAUGUGCCUUGUGGAUAUAUA